CUGUGCCUCAGUCUGUCCUUCUCUCUCUCUCUCUUAAUCUCUCUCUCCUGUGUUCACCUGCCUCUCUCUCUCUCUCUCUCUAACACACACACUAUGGUGGGGGCGUUGCUGGUGCUGUGGCUAUGUGUGUGUGGGGUCGUCUUUCUGCUGUUGGGGGGUCGUCGCCCCAAAGACUUCCCCCCCGGCCCCCGACCCCUGCCGUUGCUAGGCAACUUGCUGCUGCUCAACCCCACCAACCCACUCAAGGACCUGCACAAGUUGGCAGAGCAGUAUGGUCCUGUGUUCAGCAUCUUCAUCGGGGGUCGUGUGGCGGUGGUGCUGGACGGCCAGAAGGCGGUGAGGGAGGCGCUGGUCAGCCAGGCUGUGGAGUUCACCGGACGCCCCGAUCACAUCAUGCUCAGCCACAUGACCGAGGGGAAAGGUGUGGUCCUGGCAGAUGCAGGCCCCAGCUGGAAGGCCCAUCGGCGCUUUGCCUUGUCCACCCUGAGGAACUUUGGGCUGGGCAAACACACCAUGGAGCAACGCAUCCUGGAGGAACUCACACACGUCUGUGUCGUACUGGAGAAGAGCGCAGGAGGCUGUAUGGAUCCUCAGCACUUGUUCCACCGUGCUGCAUCCAACAUCAUCUGUUCCGUCAUCUACGGCUCUCGAUUCCACUAUGAAGACCCCUACUUCCAGACACUGAUCAACAUGAUGGAAGACAUCACCCAGCUGGGCAUGGGGCCCUGGGCUAUGCUGUACGAUAUCGCUCCAGCGUUGCGGGUCUUUCCGCUGCCAUUCAGGAAGGUCUUCCGGCACUACCAGCGCCUCCGGGAGCACAUGAGGAAGGUCAUCAGGCAACACCAGCAGCCAACACACAAUCACACACACACGGAUCCACCCAGAGACUUGAUCGACUGCUACUUGAAGGAGAUGCAGAAGAGGGCGGGUGAUGACUCUGCGUUUGAUGACUCCCACCUGGAGAGUCUGCUGAUUGACCUGUUUGUAGCCGGCACAGACACCACCUCAAACACACUACGCUGUGCAUGCCUAUACCUGAUGACACACACACACAUACAAGAGCGUUGCCAUGAGGAGAUUGAUACGGUGUUGGGGUCUUGUGAGAGUGUGUCGUACGAGGAUCGGCACUCCAUGCCUUACGUGCAGGCCAUGAUUCACGAGGCUCAGCGCAUGGCCGAUGUGCUGCCGCUCAGUAUCUUUCACACCACCACCACACACACACAGCUGCACGGGUACACCAUCCCAAAGGGUACGAUGGUGAUCCCCAACCUGUCGUCUGCGUUGCGUGAGGAGGGCCAGUGGAAGUUUCCUCAUGAGUUCAACCCCCACAACUUCCUCAAUGAGCAUGGGGAGUUCAUCAAACCAGACGCCUUCCUGCCUUUCUCUGCAGGACCGCGUGUGUGUCUGGGUGAGAGCCUGGCCCGUAUGGAGCUGUUCCUGAUACUGGUGACAAUGCUGCGGAGGUUCCGCCUGCGGUGGCCAGAGGGCGCCAGAGAGCCAGACUUCCAGCUGCUGUUUGGGAUCACACAGUCAUCCAAGCCCUACCACAUGGCAGUAGAACUGAGGAACACGCAUAGCUGAAACACACACACACACACACACACACACACACACACACACACACACACACACACACACACACACACACACACACACACACACACACACACACACAAGUCCUACCGCAUGGAAGUAGAGCUGAGGAGGAUGCAUAGCUGAAACACACACACACACACAGACACACACAGACACACACACACACACACACACACACACACACACACACACAGACACACACACACACACACUCACAAAUUCUUCCUUUUGAAGGAAAAAUGUUUAUUAAUGUUCUUGAAGUGUUGAAGUGGUAAUUGUCUAGUAAAAUAAACAUUUCUUUUGAGAAAUACAAUAUACUGAUGACUGACUGUGUUUCUAAGAUCUGUUUCCUGCCUUGGCUGAAAAAGUCAAACAAGCCAGUGGGAGUGCAGUGUUCAGAGUGAUGUAGGUAAGGGGGAUAACGGCCAAUGUGGUGACCGCUUCUAC